AUGAGAGCGACUCAUUUAUAUUUGAUCUCCAUACUGUCACUACUAUUACCGCUCUAUGGGUCAACUACGCUGGAUUCGGCGAUCGAAUCUCCUUCUCGGUUCAUCCUGUCCAUAAAUCCUGAAGAAUCAGUUGAGUACAAAAGCAUCAACCGACACCCUACUCUCAUGGACGCAGAACUAACACUCAUCAUCAGCCCUGUGAUGAAAAUCGAUGCACCGGUUCUGGUAAAGCGAGAAGCCGCCAGACCAUUCUUACCAGGGACACUCCCGGAUUACCCACCUCACCUACAAACGAACGUCACCCAACUACACCAGUUGGGGAUCUAUGGACACGGGAUCAAAAUUGCUGUUCUGGAUACUGGGGUAGACUGUGCUCAUCCCGCCCUUGGAGGAGGGUUCGGACCGGGCUUCAAGAUCGGAUUUGGAUAUGACUUGGUAGGGGAUGACUACACCGGAGCCAACGAGCCACAGCCUGAUGCAAAUCCAUGCAAUACUUGUGCGGAUCAUGCAACACACGUUGCGGGUAUCAUUGGAGCAAACAAUAUCGGUGGGGGGUUUAAUGGAGCUGCACCCAACGCUACGCUGGGGGCCUAUCGAGCAGUCUUUUCGUGCAACGAAACCAAGGGGACCCAAGAAGAUGUCAUCAUGGCUGCGCUCUUACGAGCUCAUAACGAUGGAGCGGACAUCAUUUCUGCCUCUCUUGGUGGCAUCGAGGGAUGGUCUGAAGGAUCCCCAUGGUUGGACACUGUGAAUAACCUUGUCGAGAAGAAAGGCGCUACAAUCAUCUUUUCAGCAGGAAAUUCGGGUGAUGAGGGCCUUUUUUACGCCCAAGGACCUGCAUCGGCCCGAGCUGCAAUUUCGGUUGCAACAGUCGAGUCAUCUGGAGCCGCCUCAGAAUACCUGGAGACCUCUACAGGACGCAAGAUGAACUAUUAUGCACCGCGUUCAUUGUCGGAAUUCUCAGGGAAUUAUCCAAUCUAUGCAACGGCCAAUUCGACCAAUGUUACAAACGAUGCAUGCGAUCCACUUCCUUCUUCGACCCCAAAUCUCACGGACUUCGUAGUACUCAUCAGAGUCGGAUCAUGUUGGUUCGACACGCAGGCAAAUAAUGCCCGCAAAAUGGGAGCAAGCAAGAUAUUAUUUUAUAUGAUAAUAUUUUCACCCGCGCAGAACCAUGAUCAAAUCAUCAACGUCGCAACUUACCCCGAGUCCUUCCGUAUGGCAGCACUGAGCCGAAUAGACGGAGAAUAUCUAUUUGAACAACAUGCGAAAGAUCCCAAAGGAUUCACAGUACACUUUCCUCAAACUUCUGUUGUAUUUGGUACCCUUCCAGGUGCAAGCCAAGGUCAAGGUCUUAUAAAUGAUUGGUCGCAAUAUGGACCUAGCUUUGAUUUUGUGAAUCAGCAACCUACUAUAGCAGCAAUCGGAGGCGAUGUCUUAUCCACCUUUCCCACUAGCAUAGGAUCUUAUGAUUACAUGAGUGGUACAUCCAUGGCAGCGCCUCAGCUUGCAGGUAUUGCUGCUUUGGUCAUGAGCGUCAGAGGAAAAGGCGUGCGUGGGCUGUCUAUGCGCGCCAGGCUGACAACUACGGCGAAGCCAGUACGCGAUGCUAUCGAUGCUACCACAUUGCAUACGGUCGUGCAACAAGGAGGUGGUUUAGUGAAUGCUUAUUGUGCAGCAUUUGCAAACAGCUCGGUUUCCAUAUCAUCGCUUACAUUGAACGAUACAAGCAACUUCAAGGCUACCCAUACGUUCGAUGUUCUCAAUGAAGGCUCUAUACCUCUCGAAUACAGCCUUUCUCAUAUUCCCGCUGCCACUGUCUACACUUUUUCUGUGAACUCGUCUUUUUCUCGUCCCGACAAAAGCCCUCACCAAGACAAACAAGCGGCAAAAGUUACAUUCCCUAGCCAGAAAAUCUCGAUAUUACCUCACGAAUCAAAGACCGUUACUGUAGUCUUUGAACCUCCUCAUGUCGACCCAAAAUUACUCGCGGUUUAUUCUGGCUUCAUUAAACUCUCAACCAACAGAGAAUGUGAAGAGCAUACUAUCCCCUACUACGGUAGUGUGGGGUCCUUGAAAGACCAAAUCAUUAUCGACCAAGGGCCAUCCACAGACGACAAUGGUACAUAUAACUUGCCUUUCUUAAACCUCGACCACCACAAAGAUACAGUUGCCCACACAGACAAAGAUGGCGGGCUUAUCUGGAAUCGGACAUUGCACGAGAAAGUACACACUGACCACCGAUUGAAUUUCGCUACUCGUUCAUUAAGAUUCUACGCUGUUUCGCUGGAAUCUCCAAGCUCUUCAUCUGGAGCGAGUCUUCAGCAGGCAAAACGGAAGCGAGAUGCAAUUUCCCAAGAUGCUCAUGAAAAAGACUCGACAAGUAAGGCAGACUGCGUCACACUCAAAGGUAACUUCCCAAUGAAAUCUUGCGAAGGACUCAAUAUAAUGGGUGAGAUCGGACACGGCCACAUGGCAAGGUAUCCUCGCUCACGCAGCGCUGAGGAUACUUAUUCAAAGCCUUGGAAUGGGACACUGUAUGUCGGUUCCAAUCUUCCACACAAAAUGGUCCCAGCAGGGAAGUAUAAAAUUCUGAUAAGGGCUUUACGCUUGGCUGGUGACUCAACCAAUGAGCACGAUUACGAGACCUGGCUUUCCAAUACCAUCACCAUCCAAGAUUAG